UCUCGAGGCCGGGCCCGGAAGGGGGUAGUUUGACGCGCAGAGCGCAGGGGGAGUGUCCACGGCGGCCCAGGCCCGGUCCCGAGGUUAAAGGUCCCAAAGCCUGAAGUGUUAGCGGAGCGGGGUCGCGGGUGGAGUCCUUGUCCCCGCCUGUACCGGGAGGGUCGUUUGCCGAAAGCGGGCAGCAAGGAGAAGCGUGGCUCCAAGGCCGCGGCCGACGAAAGAAGACACACGAGUUUCUGACAGAGCGGCUGUGUGGCGGGAGAGAGGCCGGCGUCCAAGAGGACAGUUCGGGCCCGAGCGUGCAGAGCAUCGGCGAAGGUCCUGGCUCUACUUCUUCUACCACCACAAGCUUCAGCAUGGCAGAAUCUCUCACCACUUUCUCUGAUCCGAGGACAGAAAUGAGCGUCCUGGAAACCAACCAGUACUUGUGCUCCCAGCUGGAAAAAAACAAACAGAACUUCCGAGACCUCACGGAGAAAUUCCUCACAUCCAAGGCUACUGCUUACAUCCUGGCCAACCAGCUGCAGAAAUACAAGAGUGAAGAGUACAAAGGCCUCAUCGAAUCCGUGCUGGAGGAAGAAGUACAGUUUGACAGGCAACUGGCAGAGAAGAUGAGACCAGCUGCAAGGCUUGGGAAAUAUGAUCCCCUAAUUCAGGCUCAGGCACAAGAACUGACCCACUUACGGCAGAGGAUACAGGAAGGGAAAGGUGUCUGUUAUCUUUUCAUUCAGCAUACAAAGAGCACGGUCAAGUCUUUUGAAGGCCUCCUCAGGAGCACUGACAUUGCCCGCUACCAGGGACAGAGAUUCUGUGAACAACUGGCCCAAGGAAGCCAGCUGGCAGAGAACCUUGCCAGCAAACUCACCACUGAAAAUUACAAUGAUAGGAAGGAUGAAGAUGGACAGGAGCCCCUGGCACCCAGGCUCUGCAGGGAGCUCCAGGAGGAAGAAGAGAAUGAAGUCUCGGAAGACUCACUAGAUGAACGGUAUUUGACUCAUUCCAGUCACUGUGACUCUCACCAGCCUCCCAGCAGCAGUGCUUUCCCCUCUGAUGUGCAGGAAGCCAGCUCUGUUGCAGAAGUCACCAAAGAUGAGAUCCAGAGCCUGCACCGGCACCUGAAGGAAAUUAUUUUCAUCAAUGACUGCCUUCAAGAAAAGCUGCAACAUCAUCUCAGCAUUUCUGACCAAGGAAACGGAUGCACGUCUAACCUCAACAGGCAGAGCUUGGAGUCUAUUGCCCAGCUGUACAAUGAAAAGAGAGGUAUCAGGGAAGAAAGUCUGAGCCUUCUGGCUCACCUGAAUCGUAUUUCCAGAGGUCCCCAGACUCCAGGCUCCAGGAAGGAGUACUUCUGGGAAAUCCACCCUUCAGGUACAAACCACAGCUCACGGAUGCAAGCCUGAGAAGAAAAGAACA